AUGGCCACCCAAAUGGCCGACGAGAUCAUGCCCUCUUCCGAAAACACACCAGGGUCUCCCACCUCCUCCACUGGUCAGAUCCCCCUCGAACAACCACCGAAAGUAAAGGGUCGCAAGAAAUUCUUGCAGAAUCUCCAGCGCAUGUCGUCUCAGUCCGACGUUGACCCGCCGCGGCCGAUCUGCAUCCACCGCAGUUCGCAACUAUAUGGAGGUCUCAACCCCCGACCGGCGACCCCGGGCUACCCCGGGCCAUCGGGUGACGCCCAAAGCAUCAACAAUCGAAUCCGUUUGGUCGGCACAGACUCCCCCAACACCCCCCAACCACGCACGAUUCCCUUGCCAUUCGACGUACGACCUGCUUCGCGCGGUUCGCCUCGCAGUCUGACUCCUGAUGGUGCAAAGGAAGAGACAGAGACAGAGACAGAGACAGAGACAGAAAUAGCGCUGCCAGAGCCACGGUUGGUCAGAGAGCUGGACUUCUGGGGCGAACUACCCCAAGAGCUCAAGGUUGAGGUCUUUCGCUACCUCGACCCUCGCGAAAUCGUCCGAUGUUCUGCUGUAUCGAAGUCAUGGAAUGCCAUGUGUUUUGACGGGCAGCUGUGGUCAAAGGUUGACACAACCGAGUUUUACCAGCGAAUCCCGGGCGAUAUUCUGGUAAAACUCAUCACGUCGGGUGGUCCCUUCGUACGGGAUCUCAACCUGAGAGGCUGCGCGCAGAUGCAGGAUAAGUGGUCUUCGGAGGGCGAGCGCAUCUCCAACCUGUGCCGAAAUGUGGUUAACUUUUCCCUCGAGGGUUGUCGCAUUGAUAGAAUUUCGAUGCAUCAUUUCCUGACUCGCAACCCGCGCCUGAGAUACAUCAACAUUUCGGGGUUGAACAGCGUAACAAAUUACGCAAUGAAGGUCAUCGCGCAAUCCUGCCCAGAGCUCGAAUCUUUCAACAUCUCAUUUUGCAAACACGUCAAGACCACGGCGCUUCUUCAAGUGGUCCAGGCCUGCCAACAGCUUAAGGAUCUCCGUGCGAGCGAGAUCCAAGGUUUUGAUGAUGAGGACUUCAUGCUGGCGCUGUACGAACGAAAUACAUUGGAUCGAUUGGUCAUGAGUCGCACAGAUCUAAACGAUGAGAGUUUGAAGGUCCUGAUGCAUGGUGUCAAUCCAACAGUCGACCUUCUCACUGAUCGACCGAUUGUCCCUCCACGUCGUUUUCGCCAUCUCGAUGUUCACCACUGUCACGACUUGACUGAUAGUGGACUUAAGAGUUUAGCACAUAACGUACCUGACCUGGAGGGUUUGCAAGUUUCGCAGUGUCCGGAACUAACCGACGAUUCAGUCAUCGAGGUGAUUCGCACAACGCCCAAUCUCUCUCAUCUGGAAUUGGAGGACCUCGAAAAUCUGACCAACUUGACCUUGACUGAGCUUGCCAAGUCAGCCCCCAAGCUCGAGCACUUGAACAUCAGCUACUGCGAAAGCCUUGGCGACACUGGCAUGUUGCAAGUCAUGAAGAGCUGCCCCAAGCUUCGCUCCGUCGAGAUGGAUAAUACGCGAGUGUCAGAUUUAACCCUGAUGGAAGCUAGUUACCGGGUCCGCAGGCGUGGCUACGGCGAAGAAGUUCCCAAGGUCGGAUUACGCCUUGUUGUGUUCGACUGUGCCAACGUCACCUGGGCUGGCGUGAGAGAAAUACUCUCCAGCAACGCCUACCUUCCCCGAGUUCGCAAACCAGUGACGGCAGUAGUUACAGUCACCCAAACUUCGGAAGAUGAUUCGUCCCCCACAACCACUGCCUUCGUUACUCCGAGCUCGACUCCGCCUCCGGUAGCCACCUACCCUAGCGAGAUCAUCCAACUCAAGUGCUUUUACGGUUGGCAGAUGACAGUCGACGAGCACACAAAACGCGUCAAGCGUGGCGAUCUUGCCGCGGCGAGUCGUUUGGACCGCAAAUGGACCGAUUAUAUGAUGGCCACAGAAGAAGCUGGUGCGGCGGGUGCAGGUGCUCGACGGAGAAGACGCCGGGCCCGCGAAGCAGAGCGAUUGUACAAUGCCGAUGAUUCUGAGGAAGAGAGUUAUGGCAUUGGUUUGUCUGCUCUGGGUGGUACUCGUCGUCGCCGCGCCCAAAGCGGCAGUAGUUGCACAGUGAUGUAG